AUGGCUAAUCAGCUUUCCUUCCUUACCUUGGAUGUCUUCACCAAUACUCGCUACACGGGAAAUCCUUUAGCAAUUGUCAAGGUGCCACGGACGGUCACACUUUCCCAGACACAAAAGCAACGUAUUGCCCGAGAGUUUAAUCUGUCCGAAACAGUCAUCCUACACGAGCAGACUGAAGAUGACGAGGCAAACGGUGUGGCUCGAAUCGACAUCUUUACUUCUUACGCUGAAAUUCCCUUUGCCGGUCACCCUACAGUUGGAACGUCCAAUUAUCUCCUUGGUCUACUUGGUACGCCAUCCACCAAUGUGCGAACUUUGAGCACAAAGUCAGGCCUUCUGGACAUAAAGCUGAACCCAGCGAUCGAUGGUGUCCAAAUCUCGGUCGCCCACAAUGUACGGAUUCACGCCAAUCCGUUUCAAGGGGAGCAUUACGGGCAUUAUCCCGUCGUCAGUAUUGUCAAAGGCAUGACUUUUGUUCUUGCACAGCAACCUUCACUUGAAGAACUAGGCCUCCAGACCAAGAGUCUACUGGGCGCCGAGAACACCAAGACAGCCUUCAAGGCUCUAGAUGAGGGCUACCGUGCGGGCCUGGUGAUAUCCUACUUCUUCGUCGAUCUCGGCGUGAACGACGACGGUGUGCGGGACCUUCGCACUCGAUCUCACGGCAGUAGAGAGGAUCCAGCCACCGGCUCAGCGGCCAGUGCAUUGACGAGUUAUCUCUCCUUGCAAAAGGGAACGCCUGGUCGCUACAGCUACCGGAUCAUUCAAGGUGUGGAAAUGGGCCAGAAAAGUCAGAUCUUCGUCAAUGUCGGUGUCAAGGAGAAGGCGUCAGGAGAUGGUGUCGAGAUCGAAGAGGUCUUGCUCUCGGGAUCUGCUGUCCUCACUAUGCAAGGGUCUCUGCAGAUUCCUGACGAGUAA